AUGGAACAAGAGCGUCAAUCAUCAGAUUUACCCAUAUAUAGUUAUUAUCGCUCACAAACUCCAAGCGAAAGUUCAGUAGCAAGUUAUUAUAAUUCGACAGAAAUAUUCAGCGCCAUCAUCCAAAACAAUGUAGGCCGCAUCAGAUCGUUACUAGAAGAGUCCAAUCUCGACAUAAACCAGUUGAGAGAUGAAGACGACAUGUCACCGUUGAUGGUUGCCGCUUCCAGAAAUUGUCCAACCGUAGUCAGAUACUUGUUGACUCUUGGAAACCUUGACAUUGACUUGAAAGACAAUGACGGUGAGUCUGCCCUCUUUCAAGCUGCCUCGGCAGGAAACGUCGAAAUUGUUGAAAUUCUAAUUGGUUCUGGAGUAUUAGUCGAUUCCGAAAACAAGGGAGAACGUUCGACUCCUUUAAUCGUAGCUGCAUCCAAAGGCUAUGCGGGCGUAUGCCGCAUAUUACUGGACCAUGGUAGAGCAAACGUCAAUCAUCAAAACAGUGCACAAAGGACAGCCUUGGCACUCGCUGCAUACGGUGGCCAUUUUGCAGUCGUAGAGAUAUUGCUAUCGAGAGGAGCAGAUGUAAACCUAGUCGAUCAGGAAGGAUGGACAGCUCUUAUGCUCGCGGCCUUUGGAGGCUGGCCAGAAAUAUGCUCCCUUUUGUUGGAGAAUAACGCAGACAAGCACAUAUCUACAAAAAAUGGCAAAAAUGCAGUAUCAGUCGCUCUCGAUGCCGGCCGCAAAGAAGCUGCGUUAUUAAUAAAUGAUUAUGUUCCAGAGCAACCUUUAUCUCCUCUAUCUCCACAAUCACCGUGUUCACCAGCCAUCCCACCACAAUCACCGUUCAUGCCUCCGCGCUCGCCGACAUCCGUACGUUCCCCUCGUUAUAGUAGGCAAACACAGUUCUUGGCCUCGAAUAUGCGUGCAUUAACGCUACAAAAGACAAAGUCUGACGCGUACCGGCCACCCAGUCCUAAGAUGGAGCCGGAUGAGGCUGCUUCAACGAACGCACGACGAAUUGCAAUAAGACCAAAAAUACCCCGGGAACCUAAACGCAGAAAACCUGGCCAAGAUCCCAACUCACCCUGGGUCAUAUUCUCAUUGAUCGUCACUAGUUGCUUCUGUAAUACAUGUCUACUUUCCGUUGGUAAAAUGGAUAAUCCAAAAGUUCGCCAAGCUUGGAGAGAAAAGGUUGCAUUGGUUUUCCUUAUAUUAUUGGCCUCGAUGGUCUCGGCAUUCUUGAGUUUUGCUCUAUCGCCCAUCGCAUGCAACGAUAAAAAGUUAGUGCCCCAAUCAGAAGUAACACGGUUGUUUGGACCCAAUUCAACUGGAACAAAGGCACACAUAAUACGCGGUCAAUUGUUUAAUACGGGAACCUACUUUACAACCGGGAAACAUAGACCGAUUGCUCCGUUUACCGAUGCAGAUUUGAACACGACGAUAACGCCAUUGUUCGGGCAUGACAUUUCCGGAUUCUUUCCUCUGGAUUACAAGUCUAUUGGAUGUGGACGUGCACCUAUAAACAAUGGAUCGAUCUGCACACAAGCCAUUGCAACGAAGAACAACAAACUCCAUUGCCACAUCUCGCAGGCAUCACGAAACGAGCUUGAGAGCCUGUCUAUGAACAUGUUUGUCGGAUUCAGUUGGAACGACGUAACAAAAGGGGGACGUCACCUGUUCGCAUUCAAUGGAGACGUCUAUGACGUGACAGAUUACUUGAAUUCGACCAAUACGGAUUACUGGCUUGGCAACAAUGCGGUCACCGAAUGGAUCAAAGAUCUCGUUGGUCGAGAUGCAACGAUGGAUAUCGCACGCGAAAAUACAAACCUUGGUAAAUGUCUCGAACAUUUUAAAGUCGGAGUGAUCAAUGAUGGAACGUCUGCAAGCUGUUUUGUCGCCAGCGCUAUUUUGAGGCUGCCUGACAUAAACGUUGCCAAUAAUCAUAUCAUGCUCUUGGUCACUUGUUAUUCCGAAGGCGAAACCUCGAUAAGAUCUACUCUGGAUUCCUUGGCAAAUACGACGUAUCCCAACGAUCACAAAUUAUUGUUCGUUAUUGCCGACGGUGAUAUUACGGGCUCGGAGAACGACAAAUCGACGCCGCAGAUAUGUAAAGACCUGCUCGAGCCCCAGUUCCCGGGCGCACCCGAUCCCGAGCCACAAUCUUACAUUGCAACUGGCGACGGUGGUAAAGAGCAUAAUAUGGCAGAAGUGUACACUGGUCAUUACAACUCCGGUGGUAAUCGGGUGCCGAUGGUUUUGAUUAUCAAGUGCGGUACUCCUGAAGAACGUCAAGGUCCAAAGCCGGGAAAUCGUGGCAAACGCGACUCUCAGUUGAUCUUGAUGAGGUGGCUCCGUCACAUUUGUUUCAACGAGGAUAUGUGUCCAUUGGAAUACGAACUUUUUGAAAAAGUGCACAAUCUGACUGGUGUGACACCUGACAAGUAUGAAAUGAUAUUGAUGGUUGACGCUGACACGGUUGUAAAGCCGGAUAGUGCUAGUCAUCUAGUGGCGGCCAUGGAGAGCGACCCUACAAUUCUCGGAAUGAGCGGUGAGACUAAAGUGGGGAACAAGACUGAAAGUUGGGUUACCAUGAUUCAGGUGUUUGAAUAUUACAUCUCUCACCAUCUUGGAAAGUCAUUCGAGUCCGUCUUUGGUGGAGUUACUUGCUUACCGGGAUGUUUCUGUAUGUACCGAAUCAAAGCACCGAAAAGCGAUGGAUAUUUCGUACCGAUUCUCGCAAACCCCGACAUUGUCGAUGCAUACGCAUCAAACGAUUUAGACUCUUUACACCGCAAGAAUUUGUUAAUUCUUGGUGAAGAUCGUUUCCUGACAACGUUAAUGUUACAGACCUUCCCCAAACGCAAAAUCAUCUACGAACCCAAAGCCAUCUGCAAGACGGUCGUACCGGAUAAAUUCAAUGUCUUGCUCUCUCAAAGACGGCGUUGGAUCAACUCGACUGUCCACAGUCUUAUGGAACUUGUCAUUACGCCUUACUUGUGUGGAUUUGCCUGCUGCUCUAUGCAAUUCGUCUUGCUUUUGGAACUGUUUGGAUCUGCCGUGACGCCGUUCUCUGUACUGGUUGCGGUAUAUUUGGUAAUCGCGGGCAUAUUGGGUCAGAGCGUUGGCCCACAGCUACAGUUUCUUGCAGUAGUGUUAUUCCUACCGUCACUAUUGCUUGUACUUUCUUCACGCAAGGUCACGAAUUUGUUUUGGAUGGUGGCGUAUAUUUUUGCUUUUCCUAUCUGGAAUUUCGUCCUCCCGACUUAUGCAUACUGGCGCUUUGAUGACUUCUCAUGGGGUGCCACUCGUAAGAUUUCGGGAGUUGACAAUGGUCACGGAGGUGGAGAUGCAGAAAAAGUAGAAGUUAAACCGGUGCCAAUGAAGAAAUGGCACGAAUGGAAAAUGCAGGAAAAAACAAGAACGUUGCUGAAGCAUUAUUCAGACUUUGCACCACCCAAAGACGCAACUACGCCCAAGGAUGCUCCAAUUCGAUCGACUGUGGGGAACCAACCAGACAACGAGCAAAAAGGUUUAUCACAAGUGCACAAGAUCAAAUUUGUGAUAUCAUUUGAUUGUCAUGUUUCAUCACCGUAA